UUCGUGCUUGGGAGCAUCCAAUACGCGUACAAAUGGGGUUGCUGAGAUUCAAUUCACCUCACAUUUUUCAUCUCAAAAUUCUUUUCAUGCAUCAGUCUAUGUGAUUAACAAAAUUGUAGGUAUGAUUCCACAUCACGACUUAGAUUCCUCAAUGCGCGAAUUAUUUGGUGAUAUUUCUCUGGCUGAUCCAGCAUUUUACAAGAGUGCUCCGAUUGAUGUACUCCUUGGUGUUGACCUUACUUUGCCAUUGCUAAAGGGUCAAACAUUAUCGUUAGGGAAGGAUAAGCCAUUUGCCAUUCGUUCAGAACUGGGUUGGAUAAUUGGUGGUAAGGCAAAUUCUGGUGGUCAAAAUUCUCUACAUGUCAAUCAUAUUCAGUUACAAUCGGAUCUUCUAAUCAAUAAAUUCUGGGAAUUAGAUUCUGUACAAUGCGUCAAACCCUUAACUUCUUUAGAAGAGGCUUGUGAAGAUCAUUUCGUAAAGACACAUUCAAGGGAUGAGAAUGGUAGAUACACAGUAAGGCUGCCUUUUCACACUUCUCCCACGCGGUUAGGUAAUUCAAAACAAAAUGCAAUUCGUAGGCUAAUCAGCGUGGAACGUCAUCUCAUUUCUAAUCCUGAGAAAUACAACCUCUAUCGAAAAUUUAUGAAGGAAUACCUUGAUUUAAAUCACACGGAACUGGUUCCGGACUAUGACAUUAAUAAAAUCAGAAGUUUAUACCUUCCUCACCAUGGAGUUGUCAGAGACACUAGCUGCACAACAAAGCUUCGUGUAGUUUUUGAUGCUUCCUGUAAAACUUCAUCCGGACUCUCUCUCAACGAUCUGCUCCUGGUUGGUCCAAGAGUGCAACCAGAACUUUUCCCUAUUCUCAUCCAGUUUCGACUUUUCAUUGUGGCCAUUUGCGCUGAUGUUGAAAAGAUGUUCCGCCAGAUUAAAGUUCACGAGGAAGACGUAGACUGGCAAAGAAUUCUUUGGAGAGAUUCUCCAACCGAACAAAUAAAGGAAUAUCGUCUAAUUACCGUUACGUAUGGUACGUCCUCAGCACCAUUCCUCUCCACGAGAACCUUACGACAGCUUGCCAUAGACGAACAAGAAAAUUAUCCAAACGCUUCAAGAGCCACCCUUCGUCAUUUUUACGUUGAUGAUUUGCUGAGCGGUAGUGCAACAAAGGAGGGAGCCAUUCAACUGGUGUCCGAACUACAGGAGAUGAUGAAGAGAGGAGGAUUUUCUCUACGAAAAUGGGUGUCAAAUGAUCCUGACGUACUAGCAACCAUUUCGGAAGAGUUAAAGACUGUUGAUUCCAAACACAUGAUCAACGACGACCAACUGGUCAAAAUUCUGGGAAUAGCUUGGCUUCCAGAUGUUGACACGUUCACCUUUACCAUCACCGUCAAUGAGAGCGACGUAUGGACUAAACGCAAGGUACUUUCCGAAGUCGCCAAAAUCUUUGACCCCUUGGGCUGGUUUGCACCUACAGUUAUCACUUCCAAAAUCUUCCUCCAAGAGCUUUGGAGUCAUCAUCUAGGCUGGGAUGAGGAGCUACCAGACUCUCUGGCAAGUCAAUGGAGAGUAUUCCAGAAACAGCUUCCUCUACUUACAAAUAUCAAGAUUCCACGCUAUAUCCUCAUUCCACAGGCUACCGACGUACAAGUACACGGAUUCUGUGAUUCUUCAGAAAAGGCCUACUGUGCUGCUAUAUACAUUCGUUCCAAAGAUACAAACCAAGCCGUGACAUCUAGACUGCUAACUUCCAAGACACGUGUCUCUCCAGUAAAACCACAGUCUCUACCUCGACUGGAACUCUGUUCUGCCUUACUUCUGGCCAAUUUGUUACAAGCUACCUUGCCAACACUAACUGUGCCAAUCUCUGAGACAUUUGCAUGGUCUGAUUCCAAGAUCACACUGGCAUGGUUGAAGUCCGAACCAAGAAGAUGGCAACCGUUCGUAGCUAAUCGAGUAGCACGAAUUCAAGAGCUGACUCCUAACGUGCACUGGAACUUUGUGAGCGGUUUGGAGAAUCCAGCUGAUUGUGGAACGAGAGGGAUACCACCAACUAAACUAGAAAAGUGCGACUUGUGGUUCAACGGACCUGAUUGGUUAAAUAGUUCUACUUUUCCUAAUGGAAGGUUUGAAGAUGAUCCACAAUUAAAAGAAAACAUAACUGCCGAAGCCAAAACAACCAAGCUGAUCAUGUUGAAUGUAGUUGAUGCUACUUUCAAGGCAGAGUUUUUUCAAAAAUUUUCGUCUUGGAACAAGCUGAAAGGAGCAGUUGCCUGUUGUAUAAGAUUCAUGAAGAACUGUUCUGUUGCUGCAGAUAAAACAAAACAAAUCCUUCUUAACAACGGCAGAAUUGAAUGAAGCCGAGAAGAGAAUUGUCAAAUUCAUCCAACAAGAUCAUUUUCCGACGGAAGUAUCCUAUAUUUCAACAGGCAAGCAACUUCCUUCGAAUAACAAGCUUAUUCCCUUGACUCCAUUCUUCGAUGAUUCCGGAAUAAUUCGUGUCGGUGGUAGACUGAAAAAUUCAUUGCUUCCAGAAUCAAAGAAGCAUCCCAUCCUGCUUCCUAAAACCGACCAUAUUGUGAACUUACUUAUCACGGAUUAUCACUUGAAACUUCUUCAUGCCGGUCCGCAACUUCUCCAAGCAGCUCUCAGAGAGAAGUUUUGGAUUCUUUCAGCCAGAGAUGCAGUUAGGAGAGUGGUGAUAAAAUGUAUCCCAUGCUUCAGAAAUCGUCCAAGGCUCGCCGAGCAAAUCAUGGGAGAUCUUCCAGAGUCCAGAGUUUGUCCC